CUCAAACAAAGUCAGAAAUAUUUUAUCUUCGUCAAAAUUAUUUUAAGAAAAAAGCUUAACUGCAAUGUAAAUCGAAUUGGUAACUACACAUUUGGUUUCUAGGCGUAAAGCUACACUGCAUAUAUAACUUUUUCUGCUUGUUGUUUGUAAUUUUAGCGAUAAAAACCGAAGUAAUUCAUUAUUUAAUAUCGAACUCUGGGCGCAACUCGCGACCAAAAAGCGCAGUUUUCGGUUGUCAUUGAAAGCGUUCGCGUUUGCUUUGGCAAUGGGAGGCUGCUCUGCUCCACAUUGCUCAAAUUCAACUAGUAUUGGCAAACAGCUGUUCAGAUUCCCCAAAGACCCAGUGCGCAAGAAGAAAUGGGUGGUCAAUUGUCGACGGGAUUUUGAACCUACUCCUCACUCCAGACUCUGCGAAGAUCACUUUGAGCACAGUCAGUUUGAGGAGGUUGCCAGAUCUCCAGCUGGUGGGAAGAAGCUGAAGCCCAAUGCAAUUCCAACAAUUUUUAGUAUUGGAGAGCCUCCUUAUCCAAUUAUCACAACGUCAUUCCUUACCAUCCCGCUAAAACCAGAACCAGUUGAGAAGGAAUUGAAUGUGGGGGACCAUGGCUAUGCAAGGCGCAACCCACUGCCAGGAAUGGACGAGGAGGAUGGAGACUGCACCAGAGAAGACCAGCAGCCCUGCACCCAAUGUCUGCUCCUCAAGAAACAGCUGGAGCAGGAGAUGCAAAAUUCAGCGAGGCUACAAAAAGAGGUUGAGGAAAUGAAGAAGCGUUUCUAUCGACUUGAUCGCAUUGAAAAGGGCCUCCAGAACUUCUUAUAUGAGGAUCAGAUUCGUGCUCUGUCCCUCACCAAACGCUCCCGACGUGCUGUCUGGUCUCCUGAGACAAUAAUUAAAGCUCGGAAAAUUCGUAGUGCUGUUGGUACCAAGGGCUAUGAGUACCUACGUGAACUGGGGUACCCUUUGCCUUCUUACAGGACGCUGUGUAAUCGACUGGAGACUAAAAUCAUGGUAACCACAGAUAUGAGCUGUGAGGAGCUGGCUGAGCUUGGCCUUGGCCUCAUGGCGACCUGUGACAGUCCCACACAAGGAGUCGGAGACAAUGAUGAAGAACUCAUUGGUGUUUUGUCCUGAUUGCUCAAAAGCACACUGACUUCAAACCAUCUGCACCAACCAAAGAAUAUACAUUUUAGGUCACUUCACCUGAUCUCAAAAAGAGAUGGGACUGAAGAUUUGUGACAGUUACAUUUCGACACUGGUGUAAUUAACUGACAUGUCGUAUACAUAUAUGGUCACAACUGCACAUGAAUUUAUGCAAUUUAGGGAUGGGGCAAGAUCUCGUGAGCUAAAACAAUUACAGUAAAAAAAAAAAUUGAAAAUUUGAGCCCAAAUUUAUUUAGUAUCAUUGAUGUCAAAAUCUCAUCUUGUCUCAUUUCCGUGAAUCUUGUGUUGUGUCUGGUCUUGUGACUCGUCCCAUCCCUAUAAAAAUAAGUCUUCAGAAUUGCAUAUGGACUAAAGUUUUAUUUAGGGGUACAUAUUUCUGCUGCUUAUGUGCCCCAGUAAUAUUAAGAAGGAUUCUGGGAGAAUAUUUUUGUGUGGGUUCAUUUAUUUAUUCAGGUUAUCACUAUUGACAAGCCUGUGUACAGAAGAAGUAAAAACAGAGAUAAUAACUAUACAUCUUAUUAAGCCAUAUGAAUUUUGAAUAUUAACAUAUUUUAUCAUAUAGUUAUUUUCAUCAACCCACCUCAAUUUUAAACAUGUUGUAUUAUAUCUCCUUGCGGUAUUAGGCUCAGUAUCCAAAUUCUUGAAUUUAGUAAUGGAUGAUAUAAUUUUGAUGCCAUAAUUGUGGUGACAGGAAACACUAAUUUGCACACAACUGUAAUGUCACUACUUACAAUGUUUUAAUUAUUAAAAGCCACAGUUGUUGGAAGUUUUUCUAUAUUAAGAUGAAUUUAUAUCACUAAUGCCCUUUAACAAUUUGUAUUGGAUUAUCAAGAGCCUAAUUAACUGAUUUUAUUUUUAUUUUGUGCAACCUUGCUAAACUUGCACAAAUGAAAUGUUUGUGCUGCCCAGUGAAUUGAAUGUCGAAGCAGACAGAAACAGCACUUUGAUCUCUUUCUUGUGAGUUCAAUUGAUUUUCACUGUUGAUCACAUGGUCCUCUAAAGCUAUAAACCGAUCAUGUCAACACAAGUGGUUUGGUGUUGUUUAAAAAUAUGUGUAUAUUUGAGCUUAUUUAAUUAACAAACUGUAGAUCUAUUAUAUUGCAAAAGAAAUUUAUGGUAAUCCACUUUGUGAGUCAUAUAUUAAUAAUAACAAUAAUUUAUGUUAUGGACUUGACUAUUUUAAAAUGUGCUCUGAAAUACCCCUCAA